CUUGGCUAAUGGAAAUGUUAUAAACAGAGGCGAUGGCCCCGGCCACGAUUCAGUUCAUCUUCAGUCGUCGUCUGGCCCGCUUGGUUCUACUGCCCAGAGAAGGAGUUCAAGGAUACCGCCGACACAGUCAAGGCCCGUUAAAAUCGCAAUAUAAAUCCAGAACUUGGCAUCAAAAUGCAUGUCUUUGUGCUGUCAACGCUUCUGCUGGCCUCCUUGGCCGCCAGCCAGACCACACUGGAUGCCAGUGGCGCAGCCGUCGAAAUCCAGAAGCAGAGGCUGAUCAAAUUUCCCGAGGAGUUUGAUCCCAAUGUGGCACCUCCGACCGUCGAGAAGGCGGACGAGGCCAAGCGCAUCCUCGAGCAGAUCGCUCGCGUGAACGAAGCCUUUGGCUACGUGAAGAAGCAGCCGGAACAAAAGAAGCUGCCGCCCAUACUCGACUCCAGCCAGUAUCUGUUCCCCAAGCCCGCCUACCAGCCGUUCCACGCCCAGCAGCACCACUUCGCCGGCAGCCACGGCCAGACCCUGCUUGAGCCCUCGAUCCGUGCCGUAAAGCUGACCCGGAACGUGGCAGGAUCCAGCUACAAUCUGCCCCCAAGGCUGCGCAAGGGAACUCCCGCCCCGGCCAGCGAGGAGAAGAAGUCGCAGCUGUAUUUCCGACCCAACCAGGUGGAACUACCGAAGCCCUUGACGGAACAGGAGGCCCAGCAGCUGCCGGCCCACUUUGCCAUCCCCGUGCACCUGUACAAACUCAACAAGGAGCAGUACCUGCGGGAGCAUGCCGCCCAGGAGUACCGCGUCAAGGGCUACAAGAUCAUCGGCGACGUGGACAGCUUCUAUGGCAAGGCCAAGUCGGGCAGGAAGCAGGGAAAGACCACUCCCAAGUACCAUCUGUUCUUCCUGCCCAGAGAGCUGGCUCUGAACGAGGAUGGCACACCGAAGAGGGGCAAUUCGACGAGUAUCACAUCCACCAAAGCCCCUGCUGCUCCCCAGGGAUUCAAGGACUUCCGUCUGGACUCCCGCGAGAAGCCUUCGCAGAAGCCGCACAAGAUGCAGACGACUGUGGCACCUGAUUCGAAUAACCUGAACUCUGGGAGUCGCAAGCGCACGAGCUCUACGGUAAAACCAGUACGCGGAAGCGGAUCCAUGAGCGGUAAGGAGGCGGAACAGCUCUUGCCCACCAUUUCCACGACUUCAGCACCCGUCCAUCUCUCGACGCUGCCUCCUUCCGGCGGACUCCUGCCCAAUCGCAAUCGUCUGAAUCCCUUCCGCAUGCCCGGCAUGAAUCUCUCCGAUAUGCAGAACCAGACGUCGUCGGCCAUCAAGAAUGCCUUCCAGAAUAUAUUCAAGAUGCCCUUCCGUCAGGCCGGAGCUGUGUCCGGCGCCCAGCCCGUCAUCAUGGGCAGCAUCCCGCAGAAGCAUCAGGUGUCCAGCGAUUCCCAGGACUACAAGUGGGAUGACGAGAAGGAGGGCGGCGGCGAUGGUGAUGGCGAUCUGAAUGGAAAUACCGAGGAUCUGGAGAACACGGCGGCGGAGCAGGACAGCAGCGCGUCCUCCGAGAAGCACCUCUUCGCGCACAAGACCCGCCCCGGGGGUCUGAUGCACACCAUCGGCCAUGUGGCCACCGCCCAGCAGACCACCCAGAAGCAGGCGCUGCGCGAGGGCGGCAUUAUUAUCCAGCGGCUGAAGGUGCGCAAGGGCGGCAUCGCGAUUGCUGGUCCAGGAGGCGUGGCCACAGCCGGAAGCGGCGGAACGGCCAUUGUGGGCCCCGGUGGCUAUGCCCUGACGCAUCCGCGCAGCCUGACGAUAGCCGGUCCCGGCGCCAAGGUGAUUUCCAUACCCGCGAACGUGGACCUGCAGGACGCUCUGGCACGCACCGACCUGCAGGCGAGGAGUUUUCCGCGCGAGGGCAAGGUGGUGGCCACCGGGCCGACGGUGUACUAUGCCCCGCCCACGGGUACGACGGAGGAGGAGGUGGCGGAGGAGGAGCAGGAGCAGGAGCAGGCGCAGGAGAUGAUAUUUGAGUCUGAGGCUUAACUUUUGCUUUAGUUUGCGUUUUAGUUAGGUUUCAUUUUAGUUGGUACUCGCUAGUAUUUUAAUAAAUGUUUGUAUUUCGUAAA